AUGCCACCAUCAAGAGCAUCUACACCCCAGUCCAUGCAAGUGACACCAUACGACUACUAUGACGAUUCGAAAGGGAAACUACAGAAGUCAAACUCCUUCAUACUUCGCCUAGCGAAUCAAGGUCGCAACAUACUUCUAUCCAUAGUCGUGUUUAUAUUAUUAUGUUUACUCAUAACAAGCAAUGUGUUGAGACCAUCACAUUACACUCCUCAGUUGAAAGGACUAGAUAAUGUGUCCUUUUUUGACUUGGCUAAUUAUGAGGGAUCACCCAAUGGAUGGCAGUAUGAUGAACGAGUAUUGUUUUGCGUGCCAUUAAGAGACGCUGCUGCACACUUGCCAAUGUUUUUCAACCAUAUGAAGAAGUUGACGUACCCACAUAACCUCAUAGAUUUGGCAUUCUUGGUCAGUGACUCCAAAGAUGAUACGAUGGGCGAGUUGAUGAGACACUUGAAUGAAAUUCAACUGGAUCUCAACACCGAGAUGCGUUUUGGUGAGAUUGAAAUAUUCGAAAAGGAUUUUGGACAGAUUAUUGGCCAGAGUUUCAGUGACAGACACGGAUUUGCUGCACAGGGUCCAAGAAGAAAGUUGAUGGCCCGUGCUAGAAAUUGGUUAUGGUCAGUGGCUUUAAAACCACAUCAUUCUUAUGUAUACUGGAGAGACGCCGAUGUUGAGACGGUGCCGCCAACAAUUUUGGAGGAUUUAAUGCAUCAUGAUAAAGAUGUGAUCGUGCCCAAUGUAUGGCGUCCCUUGCCUGACUGGUUAGGAAAUCAGCAGCCAUACGAUUUGAACUCGUGGCAGGAAAGUGAUGGGGGUCUACAAUUGGCAGAGACUCUAGAUGAAGAUGCCUGUAUUGUUGAGGGUUAUGUUGAAUAUCAGACUUGGAGACCUCACUUGGCAUAUUUGCGUGAUCCGUAUGGUGACCCUGAAGUGGAGAUGGACUUGGAUGGAAUUGGUGGAGUAUCCAUCUUGACCAAGGCCAAAGUUUUCCGCACAGGCUCACAUUUCCCGGCAUUUUCGUUUGAGAAACAUGCAGAAACAGAAGCUUUUGGUAAAUUGAGUAAACGAAUGGGAUAUUCAGUUGUUGGGUUACCUCACUAUGUCAUAUGGCAUAUUUACGAGCCAAGUAGUGACGAUUUGAAGCAUAUGGAAUGGAUGGCAUUAGAGGAGGUGCGUCAGCAAGAAGAAGCCAAAAUAAAGAAAGUGUAUGAUAAAGUGUGGGACAAGGCAUUUGAAGAUGUGCAAAACGAAUGGAGUAAAGAGCGGGCCAGGGUCUUGAAAAACACCGAUAUGUCAAAGUAUCGUAAGAUUCAUGUUGACUGGUCAGGUUCUGAUGAUUUUGAUAUUGAUGCCAAGUUGAAGAACGAUAAGAAAUUGGCCGACUUUAAUCCGUAG